UUGGUGACGGCGGGGUGGGCCCCCCGAUGGCGUCAGCAUGUGACCUGGUUGCUGCCAGGGAACCAGCAGGGCGCCCCGUCCCAGGUCUGGUGCGCGGCCGGCGGGAGCCUCCUUGGCGAGAGCCUCCUUGGCGGAGGCGGCGUGAAGGGCCAUAAAGUGGGCGGUGCCGGGCAGGGCGAAGGUCGCCGGGCAGAGACAGCGCCAGCGCCAGCGCCAGCGUCAGCGCCGCAGCUCAGAGGGUCUUCGGUGCCAGCGGGGCUAGGACCGUCCUGCGGCCCGAGAUGGGGGUUUUGGGCGUUUGGGCCCUGCUGCUGCUGCCGCUCCAGGCCGCGGCCCAGGCCCAGGUCUGCUCUGUGAACCAGACCGUCUUCGAAGUCAAGGAGAACACAGAGCCCAGUGGGCCCCUGCUGGACAUCUACGUGCCCGAGGGCCAGCAAGUCAUCCUUGGACCCUCGUCCACCCCCUUUGCAUUUAAGAUCCAGGGGACCCAGCUGUUUCUCAACGUGACUCCAGACUACGAGGAGAACACGCUGCUGCAGGCCCACCUGGAGUGCGUGAGAGGUGACACGGUGGUGACCCAGCUGAGGGUGUUCGUGUCCGUGUUGGACGUCAACGACAACCCCCCUGUGUUCCCCUUUGAGGUCAAGGUGGAGAAGGUGCCAGAGGACACGAAAGUGAACACCACUGUCAUCCCUGAGUCAGAGCUGGAGGCCCAGGACCAGGACAAAGAUGACACCUUGUUCUAUACGCUCCAGGAAGUGACCCCGGGAGCCAGUAGCUUCUUCUCCUUGGUGGGUGUGAACCGCCCUGCCCUGCAGCUGGACCAGCCACUGGCCUUCAACAGGUUGCCAAACAUGACCUUCCAUCUGCUGGUGCGGGACACUCAGGAGGAGGACGCAGUGCCCAGCCACACGGCGCAGGCCACCUUGGUCCUGGAGGUGCAGCCAGCCGACCUGCGGCCCCCCUGGUUCUUGCCUUGUGUCUACUCGGACCUCUAUGUCUGUGUCCAGGCCCAGUACUACGGGGCCAUCCCCACGGGCCACAAACUGCCGAACCCCCUCAUCCUGCGACCGGGGCCCAUCUAUGCCGUGGAUGGGGACACGGGCAUCAACCAGCGCAUCAUCUACAGCCUCAUGAGGGGGAACGAGGACGGCAUUUUCGUCAUCGACGCCGACUCCGGCAACCUCACCAUGACCAAGAGCGUUCCCAGUCCAAAGACCUUCCUUUUGCUGGUCAAGGGCGAUCAGGAGGACCACGCCCGCUACUCGGUAACCCAGGUCACAGUGGAGGCCUACAACGCCUCUGAGAGCCUGCCGCGCUUCCCUGCCAGCCUGUACCGUGGCACCGUGGCUCUGGGCUCGGCCCUCGGCACGGUCGUCCAGGAUGCAGCUGAGCCCUCCCUGCCUCUGAGGGUCUGGGCCCAGGACCCCGAAUUUCCGGACCUCAACUCAGCCAUCACGUAUCGAAUCACCAACAACUCGGACUUUCGGAUGAGCGGGGAGGCCGUGCUGACUGCGGCUCCGCUGACGCAGCUGGCAGUCUUCUAUGCAGAGGUUGAGGCCACCAACACGGUGACAUCAGGCACAGCGACCACAGUCGUGGAGAUUCAUGUCUCAGAGCAGGAGCCCACCUCCACAGUGGCCGGAGGAACAACCAGGUCCUUGAGCAGCACCACUUCAGAAGCCCCCAGGUCCCCUGGGCCUUCUCGGGCACCCUCCACCACCAGCUCUGGGGGCAGCACUGGCCCAAAUCCACCCUCAGGCACGACUCUGAGGCCACCUGCCUCAUCCACGCCUGGGGCCCCCCCCAGUGCAGGAACCAGCAACACCCCCCCAUCAGCCUCGCCCAGCAGGGGGUCAGCACAGACCCCGAAGCCAGGAACUUCUCAGCCGGUGCAGCCCGAUAGGACCCCCGGGUCCUCAGGUACAGAGACGACGGCGAACACAGGGAGCACUGCGGAGAAUAACAAGCCAAGCAUCAGCCAUGCUGAGGACAAGCGCUUCUCAGUAGUGGACAUGGCGGCCUUGGGCGGGGUGCUGGGCGCACUGUUGCUGCUGGCUCUGAUUGCCCUGGUGACCCUCAUCCACAAGCACUACAGCUCCCAAUUCAAGUGCUGCUCUGGCAAAGCUCUGGAGCCCCAGCCCGGCGGCUUUGACGACAAGGCCUUCCUCGUGGACCCUGACGCCAACUGGACCCCGGCCGCCAGCCCCUCCCCCAGCCGCGCCCCCCCGGCGACCCCCGACCUCGUCCCCGAGUCCCCCGCAGCAGCCGGGGAUGGGGACGGCCCCGCAGGCGUGAGGUCCAUCCUGACCAAGGAGCGGCGGCCCGAGGGUGGCUACAAGGCCGUGUGGUUCGGCGAGGACAUCGGGGCCGAGGCCGACGUCGUGGUCCUCAACACGCCUGCCUCGGAUACGGAAGGCGCGGGAGACGAGGGCAGCGCCGACGAGGGCAGCGCCGACGAGGAUGCUGCCGCGGGCCCGGGCGGGGGUCCCCCCGACGACGCGCCCGGUGCCAACUCCACCUACAUCUAGUGCCCCCCCCACCCCCGCAGAAUAAAG